CGUGACGUCACUUCCGUAAUAAACAUCAGCGAUACCGAUGGGUAACGUCAUGCUCAGCCCAGCGAGGUAAAUGUUGUUUUCGAUCAAUGGUGGUGUGGGACGGAUAUAAUUGCAUCCGAGAAGAAGUGAUACACGCUAAGAGGGUUUAUAACGUUGUACUGACGCAUGCGUAAUGCGGUCGUUUUCGAUAGAAAAGGUCGCUCUACCAAAACUGAAGCUGCCAGUCUGAACGCCUCAGCUGAGCUCAUCUGCUGCCUGGAUCCCUCAUUACAUUCUGAAGAAAGUGAAUCAGUGUAUCUCCAAAAUGAGCCGGGGCGUUGCUAUCCACAGCUGGUCCGGCUCCUAUUACAUCAACAGUGAGAAGCGGUGGGAAAAUGGCUCGCUGUCUCUCACCCGGACCAUGGUGUACUUCGUCUCUAACCAGAGUAAGGAGAGCCUGGCCAGCUUCCGCCUCUCGAGGAUCAUGAAGAUCAAGAUGGAGUCGUCCAGUUUCAUCUUCAGCACGCUCACAGUGCUUGAAGAGGGCAACGUGAAGCACUGGUUUGGUUCCCUUAAGCCCAACAGGGUGGUGGUUUAUAAUGUGUUAGAGCACUUCUGGAGGGAACGCCUUCUGUCCCCCACCUCGGAGGCCCGGGGGGCCGAAGGUCAACCCUCUAAAGGCAGAGAGCUGAUCAACCUGGUGGCAGAGUCCCAGAGAAGGCUGGAGGACACCGGCAUGGUCCUCAGCCACCAAGGAGAGCAGUUUGACAAUGUGAUGCAGGGGCUGGAGAAGAUUGACUCUGAUCUGGGCGUGGCUGAUAAACUUCUGUUGGAGCUGGAGUCUCCCUCCUGGUGGCCUUUUGGUAAACUCCCCUGGAAGACUCAGCAGGACGCCAAGGCGGAGGACGCUUCAAGAGCUGCGGCCGCGGCAGCUUCCGCGACCGGGAAAGGGUCCGGUAGAAAUAAGGUGAUCGCAAGCAUCCCAGCUGUAGUGAACAAAGGCGGGAACUCUGACUUAAAACCCGGAUGCUUGUUGGUGCUGGUCUCCUCGCUGGAGGUGCGAGACACAAACUGCCAACUCCUUCACCGUUUUGAACGGAAUGAGGUCGAUGAGAUCAGGGUGCACAGUCCGUAUGAGAUCACGGUUAGACAGCGGUUUAUUGGGAAGCCGGAUAUAUGCUACAGGUUCCUGUCUGCCAAGAUGCCAGAGGCGAUGUCCGUGUUGGAGAUGCAGUACAAAAAGAAAGUGGAGCUCACUAGUGAAUACUCUGCUUUCAAAGCAACUCCGUUUUCAUCUCCGUGUGACACAGAGGGGCCAAACUGGAACGAAGGUUUGCUGCAAAAGUGCCAAGAGACAGAUCUCCCACUGGAGGUCCCAGCAGGAGCGCUGUCCCAGUUGCAGGUGCACGUCCUCCAGCCGUCUGUCAGUCAGUCCGAGGCCCAAGAACUCAAACAGAUGCUGAUGCAGCUGAAGAACCUUGCCCUGGAGGCAGAGACCGAGCUGGAACGGCAGGAUGAUGUUCUGGACGACCUGACCAGCUCCACUGACAGAGCCACCAUGCACAUAGAGAAGCACACCUGCCGCAUGAAAAGACUGCUGUAGCUCUGACAGUCCACCAGACGCAUGCGGUCAACAUGUCUCCCCCCCCCCCCCCCCUUGAGAAUUGCACUGUAAGCUUCCUCAUUGCCCUCACAGGAUUGGUACAAUGUGAGAACAGCGGAAAACAGCAGCAUGGACCUGCAUAUCAAAAAUAGUUCAUAGGAUUUCUGUUCCUUAUAACCACAUGGGUUCGAGUAUCAGUGAUUUCUGAGACAUGCAGCAAAUUUUGCUCAAUACUAAAGAUGUUUUCCAAUAUCCCUGACAUUUUCAGAUAAUCAUUAAGACUUUGCGCUUAGUGAAAAUAUAAAUGUGUCUAUAUUUUUUAUUUCAUGAAUUAAUUUUAAGCAAUUCAAACACGUAUGACUGAUAAACAAGCCAUCUUUAUGAAAGGUAGAGUCUCGGCCCUCUGAAUGUGUGUCCUGAAGCACUUAGCCGCUGUGUUGCUGUGCUAGCAUUGUUAGCAUUGUUAGUAUUGCAUUUAGAUGCUAUUGGCUGCACAACUGUCAUUUUAAAAACACUCUUUUUCAAUUCUCUUACUUUUUGGAGUUGCCAUAUGGAAAUAACAUACUUGAUCUCCCCCUGAUUGCCCACCCAGCCCUAGAUUCAGUGCCUGGUAGUGGUGCUUAUGGCUCGGCUUAGCCUCGUGAAUCAAGUAAUCACAUCCUCAUCGGCGCACUAGUGACUCCUACUGAGUUGUUGAGUCACCGGAGCGGGAUUUUGGGGGAAUGGCUUGAAUCCUCAUUGCACUCUAUGUGUGUAUCAGAAGAGACACACAGCAGUUUACACUUUCCCCUGGGUCCAGCGUGAGACAGCAAUGACAAUGACAGUGACUGGCAAAAUGGACGUUUGAAAACAACCCAUUUAUUCUCUCUGCACAAAUUAGUUGAUAACAAACUGCAUGUGGAUCCAUGGCAAUGUAGUGACAUUUAUAAGAUUACCCUGAUUUGAUCUUCUUGAUGCAAGUUGGGUUAAUUAAUGGAUUUCCCAAUAACAUGAUUUUCAAGUAAUAGACUUGCAGAUAAAGUGUUCCAGUGUUUUCACAGUAAUAUCAUGUGUUUCUGAUGAUGCACUGGCAUUCUUUCUUUUAAGAACCGUUACUGUGCUGAUGACUUGUCUUUCUCAGGUCCUACAGUAGGUGUCACUUGUCCUCUCUGUGGCUUCAUGUUGCAUGUCUCAAUAAUGCUGCCUUGUAUUGCAUCAAGUGAAAAUGUCCCCUCAUUACCAAUAUAUAGCAGAAGACUGUAAAUGUGCAACUAAGUUCUGGGAAAACAGAACAGAAACACUCAAAUAUUAUCCACAAAAUACUCCAUAUUAAGGUCCACAUCUACUGUAUAUGUCUUGCUGAAGAUUGAUACUAUUCUAACUCUUGACAGACAUGUCAUGUAAUUCUGUGAUUUUAUUGUGGCCUGUUAUCUCUGUUAACUUAGCUGGAAGUUAAACUUGAAAUGUCUGUACCAUGUUUUUAAGAUAACGAUUUCAGUGCUGUAUCGGCUCUUUGCUAAGUUUAUGCCAACACUGGAUACAACAGAACGAUUAGCUUUAAAUAUAAGGGCAAAA